GUAGGCGUGUGUAGACUUAAGCGAGUCAACUGUUGGUAUUUAUAAUGCAGAUGUAAAAAAAAAUCCCCUAUUCCGACAGAACUUAAAAAGCGAGAGGCAGCGUGCCAGAGACCAGACAACAAAGAGAAGAUGGAGAAGUCAGUCGGGCCGAUGCGUGUGUUGGUGACGGGCGGCAGCGGGCUGGUGGGGCGAGCGAUAGAGCGGGUGGUGAAAGAGGAGGGCGGAGGAAGAGAAGGGGAUGAAUGGAUAUUCCUGUCGUCCAAAGAUGCCAAUCUCAUGAGCGUUGAAGCCACGAGAGCGGUCUUUCAGAAACAUCGUCCGACACAUGUGAUUCAUUUGGCUACAAUAGUGAGGGGGCUCUAUAUAAACAUGAAACAUAACUUGGACUUCUGGAGGAUUAAUGUGCACAUCAAUGACAACGUGCUGCACACGGCUCAGGAGUUCGGGGUGGUGAAGGUCAUUUCCUGUCUGUCUACGUGUGCUUUUCCAGAUAAAACCACCUACCCUAUAGAUGAGACCAUGUUGCACAGCGGCCCCCCCCAUGAGUCUAAUUAUGGGUAUGCCUAUGCCAAACGCAUGAUUGACAUCCACAACCGGGCGUUAUAUCAGCAGUACGGUGUGAAAUACACCGCCAUCAUCCCCACCAAUAUGUUCGGACCCCAUGACAACUACAACAUUGAGGACAGUCACGUGAUGCCGGGGUUGAUCCACAAGACGUACCUGGCAAAGAAGGAAGGUAAACCUCUGGAGGUCUGGGGUACAGGUCGGGCUCUGCGGCAGUUCAUCUAUUCUCUGGAUCUAGCUCGUCUGUUUCUGUGGGUUCUGAGGGAGUAUGACGAGGUGGAGCCCAUUAUUCUGUCAGUUGGAGAGGAGGAUGAGUUGUCUAUAAAGGAUGCUGUGGAAGCUGUGGUUGAAGCGUUCGAGUUCAAGGGGAAAAUUGUUUAUGAUACUAGUAAACCAGACGGUCAGUUCAGGAAAACCGCCAGUAACGCCAAACUACGCAAAUACCGGCCAGACUUCAAGUUCACGCCGUUCAGACAAGCCAUCAAGGAGACAUGUGAUUGGUUUGCAGCCAAUUAUGACACUGCCCGUAAAUGAAGAUCUUCAAACCUGAUUGGUUGCAGGAAGUCUAAACAACCAAACCCUGACUCAUCUAACAAACAGCAACAACAACAACAAAAAGAAAUUUACCUAAACCAAGGACAAAUAUAUAAGUAUAUAUAGAAUUUGACAUGUUACACAGUUUUUGGGGUAAAUAUAUAUAGUCAAUAUAAUAAUAAAUGUGUAAUAUAUACUACAAGAACUACUACUAAUAAUAAUAUCCAGCUGUAACAUUUCUUGUAAAAAAAUAUGUACACGUGAUAAAUUAUCUUAAUAAGAAUUGUAAAAGAAUAUAACAAAAAAUAAUAUAUUCACAGUUCUUAAGACACUGAUUACUUUAAAAAGUGCUACUUAAGGUGUAUUUAAGUUCAGUAACCAUGUUUGCGCAAAUCAUUUGUAAUGCAGCUAAACCUACAGAAGAGAGUCUUGUCAAAUAAUAAUCUGCUAGUUAGCAAGUACUGUGACGAAUGGGGCUAAAGAGUCUCAUCACUCAAUAGUAAAGAGGGGUGGGGUUAGUAGAACUCAUUAGCAUUUAAAGGGACAUGCACAGAAACAGGUUGCAUUUAACAUAGCAGUUUUUUUUAAGGAUAUGGCUGUUUUAAAAUUGAAAAGUGCAGCAUAUUUUAUUCACCCACCCCCCGUCCUAAGUGUAUAUGACUUUCUUUUUUCAGACGAACACUCUUAGUCUUUUAAAAAUGUAUCCUCGCUCUUCCAAGCUCGGUAAUGCUGGUGCAUACCAGCCAUUAUUUUUAAGCUCCAUAAAUCAGAUAUAUCCGCAAGUACUGCAACGUAAAAGUAACCUAUACGCCUUCGUGGGGUUAUCACAUGUCCUCUGAAGCAGAUCAAUAACAAAAAUAUUUAGUUUUAAAAUGCAACUUACGUCGUACAUUGAGUCAGAAGUCAGGAAGUCAAGAAGACAGAACGGAGGUCAUAGGUCACUUUAGGUUCACAGAGCUUAAAAAAAUGGCCGCUAUCCACCAGCCUUACCACGUUUGGAAGAGCCAGGAUACAUUUGUAAAAAACGGACUGAGUUCGUCUGAAAGAACAAAGUCAUACACACCUAGGAUGGCUUCCAGGUGAGUAUUUUAUGGUGUAAUUUUCAUUUUUGGGUGAACUAUUCCUUUAAAUAUAGCUAUCUGUUUUUUUUUCUUAAGAAUUGUUACCACUGUGCGACAGAAGCUUUGUUUUUAUUUUUCCAGUUGAUUAAAAUAGUUUUCUUGGUGAUAACUGUAGAUAGAAAUAUGGGGGUGAUGUAAUCCGGUGUGGGUUUUAUUUGUGAACGAUGACAUACUAAACCACAAUCAAAGAUAUUGGAUUGGUUUAACUGAAUAUUUUCAACAACAUUUUUUUUUGUAAUUGAAUGAUUUUUAAAAACCAUAAUUAUCUUUUAAAUCCAUUUCAAGUUUUUCGAAUGCACGCUUUAUGUGGGACCAUAUACAAUGAACAGUUCCUGUCAUUUUCUGGGUGUUUUUCCUAAUCAUACUAUACUUGUAUUUCCAAAAAUAAACUUGCAUUUUAAAUGA